AUGGCCGAACACAACACACGCUCUAAAACCAUUGACGAUGCAAUUCUCCGCCUCACCCAAAAUCAGUCCGUCCUCACCACCUCCCAAAAUGAACUUAACACCAAGCUCGACUCCAUCAUUGCUCACCUCUCCCAGAUCGACAUCAUCAACCCUCAAACCCAAUCCCCAUCCUCACCAUCUUCCACUACCUUCAAACCUCACAUGAAGCUCGAGGUUCCACGGUUUGAUGGUCAUGAUGCUACCGGUUGGAUCUUCAAGAUCACCCAAUUCUUUGAGUAUCACUCUACGCCCGAAGAGGAUCGACUCAAAGUGGCUUCCUUCUACAUGGACGGCGCCGCCCUCAGCUGGUUCCAGUGGGUUCACAAAAAUGGCCUGAUUCCGUCUUGGCACAGUUUCCUUCAAGCCCUUGAAACUCGUUUUGCUCCCUCUUACUAUGAGGAUCCUCGUGGCCUUCUGUUCAAGCUCACACAAAGCAGUACGGUUAAUGAUUACCUUACCGAAUUUGAACGAUUGGCUAGUAGAGUUGUGGGUCUUCCCCCUUCAUUUUUGUUAAGCUGUUUUAUUUUGGGUCUUUCUCCUGAAAUCAAACGAGAGGUUUUGGCUUUGCAACCACUAACCUUUACACAGGCUGCUGCAUUGGCUAAGUUGCAAGAAGAUAAAUUUCAUGACCUGAGAAAAGGUCCCCGGAAUCGCUUUCCGUUUCAGCCCUCUCCGAUUUCCACUUCUCUGUCACCGCCUCAAGGGCGCUCUUCCUCCCCUCUGCUACCCACUCCUUCCAAGACCAAUUACAAGAAGCUCUCUCAUGAGGAAAUGUUAGCUCGUCGUGAGAAAGGCUUGUGUUACAACUGCGAUGAAAAGUUCCACCCUGGCCACAAAUGCAAGGCACGUUUCUUUCUUUUGGUUGCAGAGGAAACAGAGGUUAAUAACACUACCCCUUCUGAUGACUUGGCAGCUCCUGAACCGGAUCCUCUCCUGGCCCACGAUAUACAGAAUGAGCUCUCUUCAGCCCAAAUUAGCUUCAAUGCACUUUCAGGUUUAACGGCCCCAGAAGCCCUUCGUUUUUUGGGCCUCAUUUCAAAGAAGCAAGUUACUAUUCUUGUGGAUGGCGGCAGCACUCACAACUUCAUCCAAGACCGUGUAGCUAAGUUCCUUAACUUACCACUGCAACCCACCCCCACACUAAAGGUGAUGGUUGGCAAUGGUAGUGUGAUUGAAUGCCACCAAUUUUGUCCAGCUGUUCUACUUUCCAUACAAGGCCAUAUUUUCACGGUUGAUUUUCAUGUUUUACCCAUCAGCGGUGCGGAUGUAGUAUUGGGCAUCCAAUGGCUUAAAACCUUGGGCCCAAUAGUGACUGACUAUUCUCAGUUGACCAUGCGUUUCGACAGAGAGGGCCAUACCGUUGAAUUAAGUGCAACCUCACCUUCUGGACCUCAACACAUAUCAGCCCCUCAACUCAAACGUAUUUUCGAGACCAACUCCGCCGCAGCUUAUUUCCAUAUCCAGAUUUCACCCACAUAUUUUCCAUCUCAACCAUCUACAGUUACCCUUCCUACUCACUCACAUCCCCACCUCUCCUCCCUACUCCACAAAUACCAAUCACUCUUCAUUUCCCCCACCUCUUUACCCCCAACACGCCCAACCGACCAUCAUAUACAUCUUUUGCCCCACUCUUCUCCUGUCACGGUGCGCCCUUACCGCUACCCUCAUUUUCAAAAGUGCGAGAUUGAGAAACAAAUUGAGGAACUCCUACACACAGGGCUAAUACAGCCAAGUCACAGCCCUUUUUCCUCUCCGGUCUUACUUGUUAAAAAAAAGGAUACAACAUGA